CGGGUCCAAGACGCCCUUUGGCGCCCUGGACCAGAGUGGCUUUGAGCCGCGACCCACCCGGGGACGGAGGUGGGAACGCGCCUGGAGGGCAGAGCGAAGCCCCGCGCUGCCCACAGCACGGCAGGGCGAGCGGCCCACCGCGGACGUCCCGGCUCCAGCUGCAGAGGUCAACCGGGUCGGCGGCCCGAGCUCCGAGACCGCCCCGCACCACCGCAGCGGCCGCCCAGAGGCCCGGGGCGGGGCCUGGCGAGACCCAAACAAGCCCCACGUGGCAGGGGCGGGGCCGCCGCGGGGCCGCCACGGCGCGCGCGUGCGCCGGAGCGAUCUCGCGCCGGCGUACCCUUGUGGGGGCCGUAAAGCGCGGAAGGUCGCGGUCGCCGGCUUUCCCCGGAACUUUUUGCUCCCUCCGCCCCGCCCCUUUCCCUGCCCCGUUCCCCGCGUUCUGGCGCCGGGACCCCCCGCAACUGUUGUGGCUGCUGCCCCGCUGCCGCCCGGGUGCUGCUGGCCGCGGAGCCCGCGGGGGCCCGUGAGUGUGCAUGUCGGGGGUCUCUGCCGUAGCCGAGUGAGAGCACCGCGCCGAGCUGCUGGCAGACGUGAUGUUUUACCGGCUGCUGUCGGUGGUCCGAAGACAAAGGACCGGCCGAGGAUGGCAGAACUGGUCGUCGGGGAGGAGCGGCGCGUCGGCUGCCGAGGCGCAUUCUGUCGCCCUGCCUGCCCAGGCGCAGGUGGUCAUCUGUGGUGGUGGGAUCAUGGGCACAUCCGUGGCCUAUCACCUCUCCAAGAUGGGGUGGAAGGAUAUUGUCCUUCUGGAGCAGGGCAGGCUGGCUGCCGGCUCUACGAGGUUCUGUGCUGGUAUCCUGAGCACCGCCAGGCACUUGACCAUCGAGCAGAAGAUGGCAGACUAUUCCAACAAACUCUACCACCAGUUAGAGCAAGAGACGGGGAUCCAGACAGUAAUCUCUACGCCCAACACGAGGCUCAAACUCAUGGCCCCGAGAUCAAGAGUCACAUGCUCUAUCGACAGAGCCAACCAGGCGCCCCAGCAUUGGAACAGAGAGUCACUGCAUGUUAGGAAGAUUGUCAUUGACCCAAGCAUGAUCAAGGUUGUGUCAGGUUACAUAAGGACAGGCUCGGUCUUUCUGGCCCAAACUCAGGACCGGCUGAUCUCCCUGAAGCGCAUCAACUCAAGGCUGAACGUCAUAGGUAUCCCUUCUGAGAUCAUCUCCCCCAAGAAAGUCGCCGAACUUCACCCUCUCCUCAACGUGCACGACCUGGUGGGGGCCAUGCAUGUUCCCGAGGAUGCCGUAGUGUCCUCUGCUGACGUGGCUCUUGCCCUGGCAAGUGCUGCCUCCCAGAAUGGUGUUCAGAUCUAUGACCGGACCAGCAUUCUUCAUGUAAUGGUCAAGAAAGGUCAAGUUACUGGUGUGGAGACAGAUAAAGGACAGAUCGAGUGCCAGUAUUUUGUCAACUGUGCUGGUCAGUGGGCAUACGAGCUGGGUCUGUCUAACGAGGAGCCGGUUAGUAUCCCGUUACACGCCUGCGAACACUUCUACCUUCUGACUCGCCCCUUGGAGACCCCUCUGCGGAGCAACACACCGACUAUUGUGGAUGCUGAUGGAAGAAUUUAUAUCCGGAACUGGCAGGGUGGCAUCUUGUCUGGGGGCUUUGAGAAGAACCCGAAGCCAAUCUUCACUGAGGGCAAGAACCAGCUGGAGAUUCAGAAUCUGCAGGAAGACUGGGAUCACUUUGAGCCCCUGCUCAGUUCUCUCCUGCGUCGCAUGCCAGACCUGGAGACUCUGGAGAUCCUGAAGUUGGUGAACUGCCCCGAGACCUUCACCCCAGACAUGAGGUGCAUCAUGGGCGAGUCUCCUUCAGUUCAGGGCUACUUUGUACUGGCGGGAAUGAACUCUGCUGGCCUUUCAUUUGGUGGAGGGGCUGGAAGGUACCUCGCUGAAUGGAUGGUGCACGGUUACCCAUCCGAAAACACCUGGGAGCUGGACCUGAAGCGUUUCGGAGCCCUCCAGAGCAGCCGCACCUUUCUGCGCCACCGGGUCAUGGAAGUCAUGCCUCUGCUGUACGAUCUGAAGGUUCCCCGUUGGGACUUCCAGACCGGGAGGCAGUUACGCACCUCUCCUCUCUAUGACCGGCUGGAUGCACAAGGAGCCAGGUGGAUGGAGAAACAUGGAUUUGAGAGGCCGAAGUACUUUGUGCCACCAGACAAGGACCUCCUGGCAUUGGAGCAGAGCAAGACGUUCUACAAGCCAGACUGGUUUGACAUUGUGGAGUCUGAAGUCAAGUGCUGCAAAGAAGCUGUGUGUGUCAUUGACAUGUCGUCUUUCACAAAGUUUGAAAUAACAUCCACCGGGGACCAGGCGCUGGAAGUCCUACAGUACCUCUUCUCCAACGACCUGGAUGUGCCCGUGGGCCACAUCGUGCACACCGGCAUGCUUAACCAGGGUGGGGGCUAUGAGAACGACUGCAGCAUCGCGCGCCUGGGCAAGCGCAGUUUCUUCAUGAUUUCCCCCACCGACCAGCAGGUCCACUGUUGGGCCUGGCUUAAGAAACACAUGCCGGAAGACAGCAACCUGCUUCUGGAGGACGUCACCUGGAAAUACACCGCCCUCAAUCUGAUCGGUCCCCGAGCUGUGGAUGUGCUGUCUGAGCUGUCCUACGCCCCUAUGACUCCAGACCACUUCCCAAGUCUGUUUUGCAAGGAGAUGAGUGUGGGCUACGCGAAUGGCAUCCGGGUGAUGAGCAUGACUCACACAGGAGAGCCGGGAUUCAUGCUUUAUAUCCCCAUAGAGUAUGCCCUGCACGUGUACAACGAGGUGAUGAGUGUUGGGCAGAAAUACGGAAUCCGGAAUGCUGGGUACUAUGCUCUUCGUAGUCUUCGAAUUGAGAAGUUUUUUGCCUUCUGGGGUCAGGAUUUAAAUACCCUCACCACCCCCCUGGAAUGUGGACGAGAAUCUCGGGUGAAACUGGAAAAGGGGAUGGACUUCAUCGGCCGCGAUGCCCUGCUGCAGCAGAAGCAGAAUGGGGUGUACAAACGCCUCACCAUGUUCAUCCUGGACGAUCACGACACCGACCUGGACCUCUGGCCGUGGUGGGGAGAGCCCAUUUACCGCAACGGGCAGUACGCAGGCAAGACCACCAGCAGUGCCUACAGCUACACCCUGGAGCGCCACGUCUGCCUGGGCUUCGUGCACAAUUUUUCUGAGGACACUGGGGAAGAGCAGGUGGUGACAACAGAUUUCAUCAACCGGGGGGAGUAUGAGAUUGACAUCGCGGGUCACCGGUUCCAGGCCAAGGCGAAGCUCUACCCGGUCACCUCGCUGUUCACCCACAAGCGCCGGAAGGAUGACGUGGAGCUCAGUGACUUGCACGGGAAGUAAUGGCCACUAGCCUCGCUUCCCCACCUGCCCCCUCCCGCAGGGCUCCCCCCCCACCACCACCCCCGUCCUCCCAGCUCCUUGAUGGGAUUUUAAACUUCACCCGCUUUUAAACCUUUUGCUUUGCAGCCUCUCUUCUUCCACCUUCCCUCCUCCCUUCUGCACUUUCCCAUCUGCUACUCAUUCUGGGCUGUUCUUCCCACCCAUGCCUUCACCCCCCCGAUUCCCGUGGCGACAUGAAGCAUGGCUGAUGGGCAGGACGGGUGCAAACUCCACUUGUGGAAGUAGGUAACCGUGACGGUCUGAUUUCUAAUGUUGUGCCUCGAAGCAAGGGAAGCGGGGGCUAACUUUUCUCGGAGCGCCCACCCGCUCAUUUUGGUGGGUGUUGCGUGCUUGACUCAGCGCUUUGCGUGAGCCCGCCCGUGCUGCGCCAGGCAGACCAUUCUCCUUUCCCACUGGGCUGUGGGUGGGCACCCUGACCCCUCUAGCAAGAGGAUGACCAUCUACCUCACUCAUGAGCGGCAUCACGUGGACGUUACCUGGUCUCUAGCGAACAGCUGACCUGGCUCCGGCCUAAAAUUCCUUCUGUCUCAGAGGGUUUGUUGGCCUGAGUAAACAAGCCGGUGUUUGAAAGGGAAAAACCAUGUUGCCUUUUGUGUUGCUCUUCCCAGCUGAAAGGGUCUGCUCUCCGGAGGUGCUCAGCACCGAGCUGGUUUCCCGCCCGUAGAAGGCUGCUGCUUCCCGCCGCCCGAGGCUCGGUGACCUGAGCCAGCAUCUCCCUCACCUGUCCCUCGUGCGGCAGGCGUUGCUGUCCCUGCGGAACAGGCUGGGUGUGCUGUCCUGGUGGGGAACCAAACCUUGCUGGCCGGCCUCCCAUGUUUGGCUUCCUCUGGCCCAGAACAGGCAGGUCCCCCCCGACUGACCCCACGGGUCUGUGGGUCUGCCAGCCAGCGCCCUGGGUCUCUGGAAUGGAAAAGGGCCUGGGGCGUCGGGAAGGCCCUCCACACUGUUAGGCAGGCUCUACGUCCAUCCUGUGCUGUUCCAGAUUUUAAACCUUUGUCGUGGUAACUUGGCAGCGUUAGCUCUGAUAGGUCUCUGUACGAGAGAGUCUUUUGUUUUAGAGCAGCUUAAAAUUCUCAGGCGGGUCUGUCUGUCGUGGCAUUUCUUGGGGUGUUUACUUAAUCAGAUGGAUUCCUUCUAGACACUGCUUGCCAUUUCCCCAGCCAGACAACUCCUACUUGAUUACUGACUGCUCAAGGAGGUCUCGAUUGAUUUAUUAAGGGAGUAGGUCGUUAGAACUCUGUUCCCUGAGAGCUGCUGCCCCCUGGGUAGGGAGGAGAAAGGCGCAGAGCGGUCGCCCCGCUGCAAAGCAGAGUGCAGCAGCUGAGGUGCGCACAGGAGAGCGGGCGCUGGGCCGACGCGGCAGGGGCCCAACUGACCAAGGAACGCGGCACUUGAAGUACGCCGUGCUCUGUGCCACGCUCGGCUUUGUAAAUGAAGGAUUAUUCAGGGUUGAAUCUAAAAGACAUUCUAGAUUUGUGUGUUAAGGGUCACACUUGUAAGACUCUGGUGAGAUGUUAAUAUCCUGGGGCAUCACUUGUCUAUUGAGGGCCCUGACACACACUUCGCUUCUGCCACUUUGACACCCUUGAAAUCUCUUGCUUAAUUCAGACAUCAUCAGUGUGAAUCGGGUAGUUUCUCUCUCUGGUCCUAACUCUGAAGGGGGUGACUCACUCCUGUCUCCUUGCACACCGGGCAGUCAGGCCACGUGCAUUUACCUUGUGUGAUCACUCGUCUCUCCCUAGAGAUCCCUCAGAUCUGGACUCCCAGACUGUACGAUGGCUGGUCCUUUUUCUCUCUGAAAUGAUCCGCCGUCACCUCUUGUGCUCUCUUGAGGGAGGGGCUCUACUCUCUUCUUUUUGAACCUGGAAACACAAAGUGUACCGGCCUCAAGCAGAUGAAAACUCAGGGCUGCCCGUCUCCUGUGGCCCCUCUCCUCCCUGGGAACACCUGCUUACUCGUGCCACAGGUAAAUCCUGGUUCCCUGCCGUGGUUACUUGUCUUAUAUGGAAGCUCGCAGCAGAGACACUACCUGUCCAUAACAAGGGCAAAGUCAGGAAAGCUCUAAUUUGGAAAAUAUAAGAGCGAGGGACAAGAACGACCUGCUAACCUGUGUUAGGGCAGGACCUGCUCCAGGAGAGAGAACCCAACAAUUCCCACUACAUUUCUAGUGCUCUGCUGGGGGCGGGGGUCUCUCCCUGUACCCCCAAAUACAAGAGCUGCCGUUCAGGCCAGGGGCCCAGAGACCACUUAAGCUCAGUGAUUAACCUCAGUUACCCCAUUUCUGCAGGAGAAACCCCAUCACUUGGCUUCUCACCAGGAGACAUGUCCAUGGAUUCUACCUUCUUGUACAGACCAACAGUUUUACCUCUUUCCAAGAAAGUCACUAAAACAAGUGAAAAGUAACUCCACUUUCUCCAUUACCCUGCCUCUGAGUGCAUUUGAAAUGUUAACACCCCCCCCCCCAACCCCCACGGAUGCAGCAGGAAUGACAGCAGCUUUCUGAAAGUCGUUUAGCUUCACUGAAGAGCUGACCCCUCACCUUGCUUUCUGGCUUGGUUUAUCCUCUGCCUCAUGGACACGUGUGCUGGCAUCGGAGUGAGUCUUUACCCUCCUCUGAGAACCUAAGGGACAUAAAAGGGAAGCUUCUAUAACCUGUUGUCUUGGUUCUGACCCUAGAAGGCUGUGUCCCGGCUGACUUUCAGGGGUAGCUACCGGGUGCAAUGUUCUCUUUGUAGCUGCCUGACCAGUAUAAGCAGCAAGGAGCAGCAAGGCUCCCCUUUAGUGUCCAAGGUAGAGGUGUGGUCACUAGUGCUUAAUACUGAAAACUUUCUACUGUUUGUUUCCAUUUCCUUUUGCACACCCCCCUGCACCCCCAUCCCUCCCCAAAUUGAUAAGAGCAGCUUUUAUCAGCACGAUAAAGGGAACAUUUUCACGACUCAAGAAGAGUCAUUUGCAGGCACAUGGAUGCAGGAGCAGCACCGCAGAGGGGCAGAAAUGGUAGCUGACCGAAGGGUCGUGCUAACCGUGUCCCACUGUGAGCGAGCCCCGGCUCUGCCUGGCAGCCCCCACCUCGGCCUCCUCCACUGCAAGGUGCUGAGUUGUAAGGCUCCCUCCCCACCCGCACAGGGAUUGCAUUUGCAGUCCCUCAUCACUACAAAUGCACUAUUUUUCCAGAGAACUAAAUAUUUUUGUAUGUCUUUGCCUUCUCUGUCCAUUAAACACCAGAGUUAUUCAUUGUAUAAUAUGAUUCUUGACUUCUCUGAGCAGAGACUCUGCAUCCCUUGAAGAAUUAGACAUUUCUUCAUGGGCUCGCUUUCUCUUAUUUAGAUGUACCUAUUUUUACCCUUCGCAAACCUUUUCUGCCUUCUCGGUUUUCUGUCUCUCAAGGACAGAAAUUACAAGAGGGUGGAGAGGAUAUUUUUAGCAUCUGUUUGAAAAGAUCUAUGCCAGGAUUUCCUUUGCACACCAAGAACUGGAGCUGGGAGCACCUCUCUUUAAGCCCGGUUCUCGUGCCUUACCCCAGAAUGUCCCAUGGUGGGUGUAGACCGGAAGGACGGAAAGAAACUUCAUUUCAGUCUGAGGGUUCCCAUCCACCCCACCAUAGCCUCCCUUCCCCAGAUCAAGCAGGUGAGGGGUAGAAAGUUUCUGCAGCUUGUUUCAAUCGGGGUUUCUAGCAGCAUAGUUAAUACUCUCGGGUCUACUCUUGGGAUCCAGGAAAUGCCACUGUAAUGAUUGUACAAGGCUGUAACUCCUUAUUUACGUUUAUAAAUGUGCAGUUCGCUCAGCCCCUUUCUGUCCCUGUGUAGCAUCAGCUUGUGGUGCUGAAGACAUCGGAGGCACUUUAGGGGCUGGGAUUUUUCUCAAGAGCUCUGAUGACUUCAGGUACCUAGGGGGACUGAGCAUUUCUGCCUCCAUGAAUGCGGUAUUAAUAUUGUGCACUGUGUUUCUAUCAAGCCAGAUUCCAAUUAAGAUUUUCUUUUCGUAUUACUAAGUUUGUAAAUGAAUAAACAGACAUUUUAAUUAC